UGUAAAAAUAUGUGGCUUUAAUGGUUUCUGGCUUUUUGUUGCUAUUAGGUGAAUGAUUCCCGCACGUGAUUUUUUUUCUUUUUCUGGGGCUGAGUGCAAGAUAACUGGAGAUAUUUUCUGUGAAGAAACUAGUUGUACAUGUAGAUGCAAUUCUAGCAGGAUUGCCUGUGUAUAGAGUUCUGAUUGCCAACAGCUCAGGAGAUACCAUCAUUUUUAUACUUUGAAAGAAGGUUAAUUAGAGAAGUGUUUAUAGAAUGUUAUUUCUUCUGCCUUCUAUAGAGAAACGUGGUAAGUGCUCUCUUUUCUCUUACUGUUCUCUCUCAGAAAUGUUUUAACCGCAAAUGAUAUAAAUAAUUUAUAAUGGUAUUUACUUUGAUUUAAAUUGGCCCAUAUCAUCAAGUUAUCUUGCAUUGCUGUGUUUUGGAAGAAGGGGGUUGUUCAUGGAAUUUAGAAUCUACUGUUGAAUUCAUAAUGACAUAUACGUAAAAUGUAUGUCUGAAUUUAGUGAAUGUCAAUUUGCAUAAAAUGACAGCAUUUCUGUUGGUUGUUUUAUGAUUAAUAAGGUGUUCAUUUGUUAAGAAGCACUAUGUAUCGGGAGGAGCAUUUAACUCAGGUAGACGCUCUCAUUUAUUUUCUUCACUAAAGUCCCAGUUCUGUUCCCUGAAUGAUGUUAAUGUUCAACUCAUUUUUCAUAGUAUUGAUAAAUUUUAAGAGAAAAGCCCAUAUAUAAUCCUCUUUAGUUUUUUCCCCUUUAGGCUAUAUAGCGUCUGAUCAAAGGUGAAUUAUUGGUCUUCUAAAAUUAUUGAUGUACAGGUAGUGUUUCUUGUGCAAAUUCACUAAAUGGUUUUACAACCCAUUUACAGCUUUUUAAAAAUAACUUUGUACCAGUACUGUAUUCAAAAUUCGUGAACUAAAAUUUUGUCCAACAGAUGGUCAUUUUAAACUGCUCAGUGCUGACAGUUCUGUAUAUCUAGCUGUAUCAAUUCAAUUUUUAGGGUUGAAUUCACGAAAUCGCCUUAUUUGUGCUAUGAAAUUGUUUCCUUCGAUAACAAAAAUUAAUAAUUAAAAAAAGAUGAUAAUUAGAAAUGUAUACUUUUCUGAGUUUUGUGUUUUUCUGGCUGUUGAACGUGAACAAAAUUUUGAAUGUGUUUGCGAAAAAUGGAAAUCAAUUGACUAUUCUUAAUUUAUAAAAAUAAAUCACAGAAACAGAUAUUGGUGGAACAGAUUUCGCCAUAGUGCUCCAGGCUCAAUUUGGUCCAGUGUUGAUUGUUUAAUUUCUUGGUAUUGAAUUAAUGAUGCAGUGUUUCUGCAGAAUUAACAACUGUACCUUCAGGGAAGGUAUGGCUGCAUCCAUGACGAUUUAUUAAGAGAGAACCGUGAAUGCAUAUUUUCCCCAAAGGUUUACUUUUUAGAGGAUUUAUAUUAUCUGAUGGAUAUUGAUAUGGGAAGUCUAGCCAAUUUUUUUUUAUUAACUCUUUAUUCCUACAGAUUGUAACCAACAUAAGAAACCAAUGCAAAAAAAAAAAAAAAAAAGGAUUUUCUUGGGUUAUUACAGAUGUGAAUAUACAUGUACUACAAAAAUUGUGGUUAGAAUUAAGGCUGUGCAGUUAACCUCUAAAGUAGACAUGCAUUUUGAUGGGAUAUAAUUUCUUUUGCAGGGUUGCCAAAAUGGCUGUAAAUAUUAAAACAGAGCCACCCGGGAUAUUUUCUUGUAUCAAUGUCAAUGUGAUGGAUGACGAUAAAGAAAAAUCCAAUCAAAUGCGAAGAACAAUGAUCAAAAGAGAAGCUAUGGAUCCAAAGUUUCGUAAAGAACUCAAAGUGGAUGUUGGAACUGGGAACUUUCAAAAUAUGAUGGAGUACAGGGAGGCUCCUGCUAGUCCCGGGGCAUCCAGUGUCCACAGCCUGGAUAAUGGAGGGAUGGACAAUUUGGGAUCCCCCACCACUCCAUCCUCACCCACUCCCACGGCCCCCGUAGAAAUCCCAGACGAGCGCUUGCCAAACGAGCUUUUAGAUGAAAUCUGUGAGGAUAUUGGGAUGAAGGAGGGAAUGGAGCUAGAUUUUGUGGAGUUCCUUAUGGAGCAAGAUAUGGUGGACCCCCAAGUGUACAUGACCCCAGAGGCUAUACGGAACACACUGUCAUCAGUAGCUUCUACGCCGGCAGCACAGACCCACAGUGGUAUGAAGUCAGCCCCACAGCCUCAAGUGACUUCUACUCCCAAGAACACUGACAGUAACUGGGCAUCCAGAGGAUGCAGCAGUCCUACAACUACUUACUCCGUGGCUUCCAGCACAAAUUGCACUGUGGCAACUUCUAGUGGGUCAAGCAGUCCGGUAGCUAAGAGGUUCCACCUGUCAACAUCAGGGCCCUCCAGUCCUGUGCGGACCACAGCUCCUCCACUUUCGCCACAUGGAGGAGUUUUUAAGGCACCACCCACCCCACCCACACCUAGACGCUCCUCCCAAUCUCAGCAAAGUAUUGCUUCACCCAGCAUAUCCAGUACAGUUGGGCCUCAGGUACAGAGACCAUAUUCCCCUGCCAGUGUGCCUUUAUCUCCCUCACAGAAAUCCACGCCAUCUCAGUUCAACCAGACCCCAGGUCAGACACAGAUGGCCCCACCCAAGUCUAUUCCACCACACAUGCAUAGGCAAAACAGCCAGCACAGCUACCAGAGGCUGGGGAGACCAGCACCUCCCAAUGUCAACAUACAAAACAUGCCCCAGCAGCAAAAGUGGGCAGGUCCACCCAGCGGUCAGAUGCCUAAUGGCAUGAUGAGCAAUCAGCAGUGUUCUAUGAACAACUUGGGGUAUUCUAGUAACCAACAGUACCAGAGGUCAAUGGACCCUUCAUGUACCAAUGGAUACUAUUCAGGAGAUACAAGUGGUGUUAGAAUGUAUGGGUCUUCAACAGUGUCCUCAACCGUCCCGUCCACUGCUUCAUCCGCGCAGACAGCCAUCCACUCUCACUCAUACAACAACCGUCAGCCCAUGCAAAACAUGCCUCCUCAGCAGCAGAAGACUGUCCAUUUCAGUGAUCUGCAAGGGCAUCAACAAAAUGGAGUACCGCUCCAGAGACAGAACUCUACAGGAUACAAUCAAGGCUAUGAGUCCAGUGACUGUGAUUUAGAAAAUGAGUUUAGUCAGAGAAAUGUGCCAUCUAAGAUCAUGCCUCGCCUAACACCCUCCAUGAAGUCUGACAUUGCUCCCUAUAUGGUUCCUGGCAAUAACAAUGGAUCCAUGAGUCCUUAUGGAGACUACUCCAGGGGAAGCAAUAGUCGUCCAGGGAGUGGCGAUAAUCCUAUGGUUUCUAUGCAAAAUGACUAUUUUUCACAAAAGCCUGGUGAAAUAUAUAAUGUGGAUGAUAAUCAGAAUUCAAUGCACAUGAAUAAUUACAAUAAUUCUGUACAACACCCACAACAAAGUGACAUUCAAGAACCGGGAUACAGACCUUCUUGUUCAGGGGGUGCUCCUAUAGGAAUGCAGCCUCUAAGACAUUAUGAUGGACCAAACUGUGGCCUGCCACAAGGAGAGGCAUUAGGGGAUCUCAUGUACAUGGAUAGAACCGAUGCAUACAAAAUCGCCAUGGGAUAUUGUGAUACUCAAUAUGAACCACAAGGACAAAACAUGAACAACAGCUGUAUGAACAUGGACCAAAAAAUUAUCAAUUCUAAUCCAGGGUACCCAGGUGAAAAUUACUGUCAAAAUGCUAUGCAAAAUAAUGGACCACGUGGUAUUCCUAUGCAAAAUUCUCACAUGAUGGGAGGCCCACCCCAGGGCAACAUGUCUGGCAGUUAUGAUCAAAGUCAAUUUAACAAUCGUUUGCACCCAAGUGCCAAUAUGAACAAUCCAAUGUAUUCAAAUCCACAAACGCCGAUUAGUGCUGAAAACAUGCAGUGUCAGAACCCUGGAGUGAACGGACAGAACUGGGUCGGACCACAGCCCCCAGGGAUGCAUUCCAAACCUCCACACCAGGCAAUGUCUCAGGGAAUGAGCAUGCACCCGCAACAAGGCAUGCAGACCCCUGGGUCCAGCCCCCUGCCUCCCUGCACUCAGCCAAACUGCCAGAGUUGUAAAACAGGUUCUCCUCACCGGCCUCCCAUGUUGGCAUCACAACAGACGUUCAUUCAACAUCUCAUUUCCGACCGUUCUAAUGCCUUCCGCUCUCAUCCUCUCUUUCCUUUACUACGAGAUCUCAUCAUUGCGGAUAUGAACUUUUGUUCUCCAAGCUUUCCUUACCAACUCAUAAGUAAUCUACCCGCCGAUUUCGACAAGCUAUUGCAGAAUUUCCUAUCUCGGAACCCACCUUCAGGAACAUAUCAAGGCAAUUUUGCAAUAGAGAGUGUCAUUAUGGAUGCCCUGAAGUAUGCUCAUCACUGCCUUAUAGAGAAAAUUCGGGAUAGACAGGAACAAGACAAAGUCAGUAAGAGCACGUCUAAAUCCUUGAGUGCCAUCGAAGAAUUUUGUGAAAAGUUUGACCGCUCAGUCCGGCAAAACAUCAUCAAGCCAGCAACUUUCCAGCUGCCAAACCACAACGGAGCGGUAAGCUCAUCAAGCUUGCCUGGCCAACCAAUUGGAGGAAACAUGACCCCCACCAUGGGCACUCCCACGAAGGACCACAAGUAUUCAGAGAUGGAUAGCAUGAUGAUGCAGGGUUUGUUUUCUUCACCAAAUGCAAAGAAAGGCCUAGAUCUGAGCGUUAUGUGUUCACCACAUUUCAAGUCGCUGAAGGAUCUGGCGGACUGCAGUGACUCAACUAGCAUUGUCAGCAGCAGCAGUAAUCACGGAAAGUCCGAGUCCAAAAAACACCCUAGUCUGCCCAAAGAGGCUGUGGCCAUCAUGUUGGAAUGGUUAAGACAACACAAAGACAAUCCCUACCCCAACGAUGAUGAAAAGGCAAUGUUAAUUAAACAAACGGGACUGACUAUCAAUCAAAUCAAUUACUGGUUCACAAAUGCACGAAGAAGAAUUCUACCAAAGUGGGCCCAGCAGUGUAAGUGAGAUGGAAUUCUGCCCUGAAUUGCUCAAUUUCGGGAGGAAAUGGCUUAGAAUUCUCGGAUUUGCACAUAUCACCCUUCAGUGCCUGGAGUUUUAGUCCAAGGAAGGUAACUCCUACAACUUCCUGCAUGUGGCGAGAAAGUCUGGUGUCUGGAGUGGACAGUACACAUCAGCAUUUUGAGACAGCAUUCAGAGAUAUUUGAUUAAUGUGUUCAUUGUCCAUGACAAUUCUUGGUUAGUGCUUUGUUUACAAAUCUAUUUAGAGUAUUUUGUGAUCUAGGAUAAUAUCAAAGCCUUUGUACUGCUAUGCACAGAAGUUAGCAUUGCGUUUCUCUGUGAUUGUAAACGGUCCUAGAAGGACUUUUUAUUUUGUAAGUAUUGUGUCCUAAGGACUAGUACGUUUUAUUUAUUUGUAGAUUUAGGGGGGGGAGAGAGAGCUGUUACCAAAGAUAUGUGUGUAAAUUCUACCAAAGUAAGCAAUAACUGGGGUUGUUUUUUGAGCUCCACACCGCUCUAUGUGUGGCUUUUACUCCGAAUUGAUGUAGUAUUUAUGGUUACCUGUAACACUUAUUUAAUAUUUAAUAUCCUAUUUUAUAAGGACACAAACUUGAAAAACACUCUUAGUUUCAGUGUUUCUGUCAAAUAUUUUACCGAUUUUUUUUUUUUUUUAAAUUUUUUUUUUACACUUUUAAGUGACAUGCAUGUAUUUUUAUUUAUUUAUUUUUUUAAGAUGUUCUUUUUUUUUGUCAAUUUAAGACAAAUUAACGACCAGAGAGAUCAAAGCAUGCAUAAGGUGAAUACUAAAGAAUGUGCCAAACACAUCUCCUGUUUGUCUUGUAUUCCGCGAGAAUUUGGUGCAGUUUGUAACAUGUAGAUAUAGCAAUAAGAAUACUCAGUUUGACUUGUUUUAGUUAUAAGUAUGAAAUGUAGUCAUUAUAAACAAAUUAACCUGAUCUGUUCCAAAUCUUCAGGGAGGUUAAUGUAGUUAAAAAGGAGGAGUUCCUAAAGUAACAUAGGAUUCUCUUCUUUUUCCCCCGAUAAGUCAGAAUUUGUAGCUUAUCGAGGCCUUGGCAUUUCUCUGAUGCUCUUUUCAAAGAAUUGUAGACCUCAGCAGAGUUUGUAUAUAGAGUGUACAUUGAAGUCAUUAUCAUAUUAUGAAGUCGUUUUUUUAUCUUUCUUAGAGUUUUAUUGUAAGAGUUUAUCACAGUUUUAUAUAAUGCAUGUACAUGAAUGAAUGGGCUUGGUAUUCCAUUUCACAGUAUAUGUGUUUGUAACAUUUUUGUUUAGAAUUGUGAUUUUUAUAGAUGGGUGUUUUUUUUUUACUGCAGUAUUGAAAGCAUACACUUUUGCUGUUUUAUUUUCAUCAGUCUUUUAAUUUAGGGUUGUUUUUUUUUUUUUUUUUUGUUACUUGAACAAUUGAUGCAUUUUACAAUAUUUUUUAAAAGAGAUUUUUUUGACAGUCGUUUUACAGAUAAACAUGAAAUGAUGGGGGGAAAUGAUUUGAAUAAAAAAGAAUUUCCUUAUAAAUAUUAAAAGGGUAGGGGGAGAGAAUUGCUUUAGGCUGUCCCAAAGAUCUUUGAUGGAACACGGUAUGUGAGCUUUAAUUUAGUCACAAGCGUUUGUGUCAGUUAUUCAUUCCAGGAUGGUUUAAGUUUAUGUAACAUUGGUUGUAAAGCACAAAAAUACCUCACGAGAAUGGAGAAAGACAUAUCAUAUACACCGUAAUCAUUCAGUUUGAAUCAAAUCAUCAGUAAAUACCUACUAAACAAAUUCAUUCAUACAUUUAAGUUCAUUGUUUGGAAGUACUCCCAGGCGAUGGAAAUACCAGUGUCUGAUACAAUCUUGUUGUCAAUUGUUGCUAGCUAAUUUGUAAUGCAAACGUAGAAACUGCAAUAAAGGUCCGGUUGAUGGCUGAUUGUUUAAGUUAGGACUGUGCCUUGAUUCUAAAUCAACUUUUUACAAAUCAUGGUAUUUUCUGAUAUGUAUAUGAUAGGUUGUAACCUUGCAGCAUGUACAUAGAUGUGCCUUAUAACAUGCUAUUCUUAGAUGUAAAUCGUGUUUUCCACUAUGAGAAUGCCUAGACUUUAACUUUUUUUUUUUUACCUCAUUAAAAUUGUGAUGUUGAUUUUA